GGAAGUUCUCUUAGUUUUGUAUUUUUAAAUUCGUAAACUUCAAUUUGAUUGCAUUUAAGUGCUUAUUGCAAGUAUUUUUAGAUAACAGAAGCAUUUGGACUGAAGCUGUUAAAUUGACAUUUAAACAUAUGCGUUUUUUAAGAAUUUUUUUAAAUACUCGUUAAAUAAAUAAAUAUUUAUGGGACUGUAAAUAUAAAUUAGAGUUCAAAGAGUUCUGACAAAAUGACAACAAAUGGAAAUUCGUUUAUAGUGCCGGUGGAAAAGGAGUCACCACUGAUAUUUUUUGUCAAUGGGAAAAAGGUUAUUGAUCCCACACCCGAUCCGGAAUGCACAUUACUCACAUACUUGCGCGAAAAACUGCGUUUGUGCGGCACGAAAUUGGGUUGUGGCGAAGGCGGCUGUGGCGCCUGUACAGUUAUGUUGUCGCGCGUUGAUCGUGCCACAAACAGUGUGAAACACCUGGCGGUGAAUGCUUGCCUAAUGCCCGUCUGCGCAAUGCAUGGCUGUGCCGUGACUACUAUAGAGGGUAUUGGCAGCACUCGGACACGUUUACAUCCCGUACAGGAACGUCUGGCGAAGGCGCAUGGCAGUCAAUGUGGUUUUUGUACACCGGGCAUUGUUAUGUCCAUGUAUGCACUAUUGCGAAGUAUGCCUUUACCAUCGAUGAAAGAUCUAGAGGUGGCUUUUCAAGGCAAUCUUUGCCGUUGUACUGGUUAUCGCCCCAUUUUGGAGGGUUAUAAAACUUUUACCAAAGAAUUUAGCUGUAGCAUGGGUGAGAAAUGCUGCAAGUUGCAAAGCAAUGGAAAUGAUGCAGAAAAGAAUGGCGAUGAUAAGCUGUUUGAGAGAAGUGCAUUUUUGCCCUUCGAUCCGAGCCAAGAACCGAUCUUUCCACCAGAACUGCAUUUAAACUCACAAUUUGACGCUGAAAAUCUACUUUUUAAAGGGCCGCGUUCCACUUGGUAUCGGCCGGUGGAGCUUUCGGAUUUGCUAAAGCUGAAAUCGGAGAAUCCACAUGGUAAAAUUAUCGUAGGCAAUACAGAGGUUGGUGUGGAAAUGAAAUUCAAACAAUUUCUAUACACGGUGCACAUUAACCCGAUCAAAGUGCCUGAAUUGAAUGAGAUGCAAGAGUUGGAGGAUAGCAUUUUAUUUGGUUCCGCUGUCACCUUAAUGGAUAUUGAAGAAUAUCUGCGCGAACGUAUUGCGAAAUUGCCCGAACACGAAACGCGUUUCUUCCGUUGUGCCGUGAAAAUGUUGCACUACUUUGCCGGCAAACAAAUUCGUAAUGUGGCCUCGCUCGGUGGCAACAUCAUGACGGGCAGUCCGAUUUCCGACAUGAAUCCCAUAUUGACGGCAGCUUGUGCUAAGCUCAAAGUGUGUAGUUUAGUCGAAGGAAGGAUAGAAACUCGCGAAGUAUGCAUGGGUCCCGGUUUUUUUACUGGUUAUCGUAAGAAUACAAUACAACCGCAUGAAGUCUUGGUUGCUAUACACUUUCCGAAGAGCAAGAAAGACCAACAUUUCGUCGCCUUCAAACAAGCGCGCCGUAGGGACGAUGACAUUGCUAUUGUAAAUGCUGCUGUAAAUGUAACAUUUGAGUCAAAUACCAAUAUCGUACGACAAAUCUAUAUGGCCUUUGGUGGCAUGGCGCCCACAACGGUUAUGGCGCCAAAAACGUCACAAAUCAUGGCCAAGCAAAAAUGGAAUCGUGUGCUGGUUGAGCGUGUCUCCGAGAGUUUGUGUGCGGAAUUGCCACUAGCGCCAACCGCACCGGGUGGCAUGAUCGCGUAUCGCCGUUCGUUGGUGGUGAGUUUAUUCUUUAAAGCCUAUUUGGCAAUCAGUCAAGAAUUAGUUAAAUCCAACGUCAUUGAAGAGGAUGCAAUACCAGAACGAGAGCAGAGUGGCGCUGCAAUCUUUCACACACCUAUUUUGAGAAGUGCGCAACUCUUUGAGAGAGUAUGUGUCGAACAGUCAACAUGUGAUCCCAUUGGCCGACCAAAGGUGCAUGCCUCGGCAUUCAAGCAAGCAACGGGUGAAGCAAUUUACUGUGAUGAUAUACCACGUCAUGAGAACGAGCUGUAUCUUGCACUGGUGCUCAGCACCAAGGCACAUGCGAAAAUUGUGUCCGUCGACGCAAGCGAUGCGCUCAAACAGGCUGGGGUACAUGCUUUCUUUUCUAGUAAAGAUAUAACUGAGUACGAAAAUAAAGUUGGCUCUGUGUUUCACGAUGAAGAAGUCUUCGCUUCCGAACGAGUUUACUGUCAAGGGCAGGUGAUUGGUGCUAUUGUGGCAGAUAGUCAAGUGUUGGCACAACGUGCCGCGCGUCUAGUGCACAUCAAAUACGAAGAGCUCACGCCUGUUAUUAUCACAAUUGAGCAGGCUAUCAAGCAUAAAUCAUACUUUCCAAAUUAUCCACAAUACAUUGUGCAGGGUGAUGUGGCUACAGCGUUUGAGGAAGCUGAUCACGUCUAUGAAAACAGCUGUCGUAUGGGUGGCCAAGAACAUUUCUACUUGGAGACAAACGCUUGUGUAGCCACACCGCGAGAUAGUGAUGAAAUUGAACUGUUCUGUUCGACCCAAAAUCCCACCGAAGUACAAAAACUUGUAGCGCACGUCUUAUCUGUGCCGUGUCACCGCGUCGUGUGUCGGUCUAAGCGUUUAGGGGGAGGAUUUGGUGGCAAGGAGUCUCGUUCUAUUAUCUUGGCACUUCCGGUGGCCUUGGCAAGCUAUCGGCUACGAAGACCCGUGCGUUGUAUGCUGGAUCGAGAUGAAGAUAUGAUGACAACAGGCACAAGACAUCCUUUUCUCUUCAAGUACAAAGUGGGUUUUACCAAAGAGGGUUUGAUAACGGCUUGUGAUAUUGAAUGUUACAAUAAUGCCGGCUGCUCAAUGGAUCUGUCAUUUUCGGUUUUGGAUCGUGCAAUGAACCAUUUCGAAAACUGUUAUCGCAUACCCAAUGUGAAAGUCACUGGUUGGGUGUGCAAAACGAAUUUACCGUCUAAUACGGCAUUUCGAGGAUUUGGUGGGCCGCAGGGCAUGUUCGCCGCGGAGCACAUCGUCAGAGAUGUGGCGCGCAUUGUGGGCAAGGAUUAUUUGGAUAUAAUGCAAAUGAAUUUUUAUAGAACUGGAGAUUACACACACUACAAUCAGAAAUUGGAAAAUUUCCCCAUUGAAAAAUGCUUCACUGAUUGCCUGAAUCAGUCGGAGUUCCAUAAGAAGCGCUUGGCUAUUGAAGAAUUUAACAAAAAUAACCGUUGGCGCAAACGUGGUAUCGCGCUUGUGCCCACCAAAUAUGGUAUCGCCUUCGGUGCUAUGCAUUUGAAUCAAGCCGGCGCGCUCAUAAAUAUAUACGGUGACGGUUCAGUAUUGCUUUCACAUGGCGGCGUCGAGAUCGGGCAAGGUCUGCACACCAAAAUGAUUCAAUGUUGUGCGCGUGCAUUGGGUAUACCAACCGAACUGAUACAUAUAGCCGAAACAGCAACCGAUAAAGUACCCAAUACAUCACCGACUGCCGCCAGUGUUGGCUCCGAUAUAAAUGGCAUGGCUGUGCUUGAUGCAUGCGAGAAGCUAAACCAGCGACUCAAACCGAUUAGAGAAGCCAACCCGAAAGCCACGUGGCAGGAGUGGAUAAGUAAAGCAUAUUUUGAUCGUAUAAGCCUAUCGGCAAACGGUUUUUACAAAAUGCCCGAUGUUGGUGAUGAUCCAAAGACAAAUCCAAAUGCACGUACUUACAAUUAUUUUACAAAUGGUGUUGGCGUAUCAGUAGUUGAAAUUGAUUGCCUUACUGGUGACCAUCAAGUAUUGAGCACAGAUAUCGUCAUGGAUAUUGGCUCGAGUUUGAAUCCAGCAAUCGAUAUUGGUCAAAUCGAAGGCGCUUUUAUGCAAGGCUAUGGUUUAUUUGUUUUGGAAGAACUUAUUUAUUCACCACAGGGUGCACUCUAUUCACGGGGACCAGGCAUGUACAAGCUACCAGGAUUUGCAGAUAUUCCGGGUGAAUUUAAUGUAAGCCUACUGACUGGCGCACCUAAUCCAAGAGCUGUUUAUUCUUCAAAGGCUGUUGGAGAACCUCCCUUAUUCAUUGGCAGUACCGUAUUUUUUGCUAUAAAGGAAGCUAUUGCCGCUGCGCGCGCCGAACGCGGUUUGAGUAUCACUUUCGAGCUGGACGCUCCGGCGACUGCUGCGCGUAUUCGAAUGGCGUGUCAGGACGAAUUUACCGAUUUGAUUGAACAACCGUCGCCUGGAACUUAUACUCCUUGGAAUGUUGUGCCAUGAAAUGUAAAUGCAAAACUGAUUGGAUUGGCCAAAGGGUUUCACACCAUAAGAAUUUUUUAGGAUAAUUUUUUAAAAUACAUUACAGAUGUAUACAGCACUGAUUGAAAUACAGCAUGCAAUUCUGAUUCCAGAA